AAUAUAUAUUUUAUAUUAUUCCUUCAUAAUUAACAUAUGUCUUAUUCUUAUAUUUGGAUAAUAAAUUAAUAAUAAUAAUAAUUAGUUUAAAAAGUAUUUUCCAUUUUCUGAUCAUUUUCCGCUCUUAGUUAUUUUUGUUCUCUGUCUGAUUCACACUCUGACACUUACACAAUCCUGGACACACACAUCAUCAUGAUGCAGCUUAAUCUUCAUCCACAUCACGUUAAGGUCAUCGCUCCGGUACCGAGAUCGUGACGUCAUCGCCUGCGAAGGUUCGUGCACCCCUGCUCACGUUUACCUUGAUCUUCUGAACGAAAACAGAAAGCCCACAGCGACCUCUGCAGGCAAACCACAUAAACUGCGAUAUACUUCAGGUAUGAUCUACACCGGACCUGAAGGCCUGGAGUGAAGCCAGGUCAGAUCCUCCUGAAAAAUGCCCAGUAGUGAAGGAUCUGGGGAAUGUCUUCAGAUAAACGUUAUAUUAUCUGUAGACAAAUAACCCGUAGCAGUGUGUUACCCCCUGAAGGAACGGGUCAAGCAUGUGAGUGUGGCACAGCAGGUAAGGUCGAUGCCUCACGGCUCCAGAGCAUCCAUCCUGAGCUCAGGUUUCUGUGGAGUUUCGUGUCUUCUCCAUCUGAGGAUUCUUCCACCUCCAGAGCACACGCUGGUGGAAGUCAGGGUCUGAGGUGGCCCUGGGCGUGAAUGCGUGACAAAUUUAUCUCAUGUACACCACUCAGCAGUGGAGGAUCACCUUACAAAUCCACAAACAAACAAACCAAUCAACAAACACACAAAUCCCAAAACAAAUUCACAAACAAACACAUCCACAACCAAACAACAAACAAUCAUGGUUAAAUCUCCACUAUCAUCAUGAUCAGGAGGUCUGACGGUAUCGUGUGUGUGUGCGUGUGUGUGGAGGCAAAAUUUAGCCGCAUUUUAUUUCUUUUCUGUUCUUAAUACACAAUUUCAGAGCGUUUUGUGCGCUGCAAAUUAAUAUCAGUCAUGAGUACACAAUAAGAACAGAGCUCAGUAAAAGUCUUUAUAAAGUUUGUGAUCCAUCAGACGUGUCGUUUUGUCUCUCAGGGGUGCACAAACUUUUGCACAUGACCCUCGACUGGGGUCAGUGGUAAGUGCUAUAAACAUAAAUAACAUGUAUGUUAAUAAAAUAGAACUCUGCUGAUGUGUGUGUGUGAUGCCAUGGGGAGCGACGCGCUCAGCUGCUCACAGCGUCAUCACACACAGCGCUUGUUGUAACAACUGCUGUUGCUAAGGGGAGUUAAAUCCCUCACACACACACACACGCGCGCGCGCGCGCUCACACGGUCAGGGGGAGGAUUAGAUCCUCACAACACCGAUCAGCUGUUCCUCAGGUAAGAGACUCGCCUCGCUCAUAAAAUCCUUCUGUUUCUUUUCUUUUAUUAUUUAAUUAUUUCUCUUUCUGAUGAAUAGAUUAUAGAUUAGAUUCCUAUUAAAACACACACACACACACAAGAGCUGCAGGGUGGAAUAAUAAGUAUAACAUUCUGAGAUUAGAUAAUGAGCCUAGAUAAUGAACGUGUUUUAUAUUAAUAUAUUUAACCGGAAGUCACUUAGAUCCCGUGAUGUUCAUGACGCGUGCAGGUUUCAGUAGUCACGUUAGUCGAUAUGAAGUGUGUGCGUGUGUGUGUGUGUGUGAGGACAGAUAAAUUCGGAUUCCAGUGUGUAGAGAUGUCCGGCCAGCAUCAGGAAACAGGGUGGAGUAUGUGUCCGGUCAGUGAGCUAUCCGUCUGCAUGCAGAGUCUCCGGUGUGAGGACAGCAGCUCCACCCCCAGGAGACACCUCCAUCUAACCCCCGAUCUGACCAGUACAGACAGGAGGAGACCCUCAGGACUGCACACUCCAACAGUGAGCAGCAGCAGGAGGAGGAGGAGUUACAGAGGAGUGACGUCACCUGAACACACCCCCAACAUGCCUGGAUCACGGCCCCACAGCCUGACAGGAGAAAGUGAUGAUGAUGAAGGUGCUGAAGAUGAUAAGGAGAACUCCAGUGUUCGGAGGAGAGUGAGAGUGAGACUGUUCAGCUCGUCCAGUCCUGAAGAUCAGCAGCAGUCUGGGAAAAGGAGUAAGAGACGAUCCCUCUCUUCACCAGCAGAGGGCGAACACGAGGCACCUGAUCCAGAGUCCCUGAUGCUGUUCCAGAGACUGAGAUCCAGGAGAAAUCCAGCACACACACUCAUCCCCAUCAGUGCCAUCACUGAUCACUGCCUCAUUGGAGACUUUAGCAAACAUCACGUGCUUCCUGUGGAGAAGAUGAACCAUCAGGAUCUUCACUGUGUUUCAGCUCAAACGGUGGCGUCGCUGAUCCAAGGUCAUUUCAGCGCCGUGGUGGAAGACUUCCUCAUCAUCGACUGUCGUUAUCCGUACGAGUAUCAUGGAGGUCACAUCAAGGGAGCGGUCAACCUGUACACCGAGUCUCAGAUCCACCAGGCUUUCCUUCAGGGCUUGUCCACCACUCAGGUGUCUCCAGCUGCCCAUUCAGUGCAGGGCACACGGGGCAGCAGAGGGGUGACACCGGGGUCUGGGGGUCCUGUAGCAGGGGGAGGAGUUACUGAGGGAACAUCAUCACCCAGAAAACUCAUAGUGUUUCACUGUGAGUUCUCAUCAGAGAGAGGACCAUGGCUUUGUCGGUAUCUGAGGGAGCUGGAUCGUGCAGUGAAUGCUCAGAUGUACCCUCAUCUCCUCUACCCUGAACUCUACCUAAUGGAGGGGGGGUACAAGAGCUUCUACUCCUGCUGUCCGGAGCUGUGUGAACCACACGGUUAUGUCCCCAUGCGUCACAGGGACUUCAGAGAACAGCUUCGGCGUUUCAGCAGGACAAAGCGCCAGCAUGGUUGCAGGCGUCCAAUCAGAACGCAGCAGAGGACAUCACACUUUUAACACUGAUGAGGAACGCCUAUAAAGAACUGGACAGAAAGAGGACAGGAGAGGACGACUGAGUGACAGUUAGGGUGUGCUGCUAAAGUGUAAUUAUCAUGAUUUAUACAGUGAUACACUUUUUUACGAUAUCACAGGUAUAGUUCAUGUUUUUAUAACAGCAACACACUCCACUGAUGCUCACAGUGGCAAUUAGCUGAUAGGAUUAUUAUUUACAUUGUGUUUUUAAACAAUUAAUCUCUAUAUAAACAGCCUUAACGAAAAGGAUUCAUCGCCAAUCAUUUAGCAAAUCUAGAUAUAGCUAUAGAUAUAUAUAGCUAGACAUAGCACAAUACCUUUAACACAACGAUUUUCUCUAUGUUUUUAAACUAUUGUUCAUUUAUUUUCAAUUCAGUUCAAUUCAAUUUUAUUUGUAUAGUGCUUUUAACAAAGAGCAUUGUGUCAAAGCAGCUUUACAUAAGAAACAACAAAAAUAUAAACAGACAAACGGUCCUGAUAUCCCAAGUGAGCAAGCCUGAGGUGACUGAGGUGACUGUGGCAAGGAAAAACUCCCUUAGAUGGUAUGAGGAAGAAACCUUUAUGUCGAUACAGCAUGUGUAGAAUGUUAUGUAAAUGUUAUGUUCACCAUAAUCCUCUUCUACAGAUUCUAUUAACGCUAACUACAUGAAUAAAACAUCUGUUGUUUCAAAUAUUUAUUUUAUACU